AUGGUGAAGCUUCAAACAUAUGCCGGGAUCAGUGUUAUGGCUGCAUUAUCCAUUGUUUAUCAUGGCUUUAGAAGCAGAGGCCAGUUUUACCCUGCAAUGGUUUUCUUGUCAACUUCAAAGAUCAGUUUGCUGCUUCUUUUGAAUAUGGGCCUUGUUGGCAUGUGCAUCAUUUGGAAACUGACUAAGAAGCUUUUUCUUGGCACACUCAGAGAAGCAGAAGUUGAGAGGCUGAAUGAGCAGUCAUGGCGGGAGGUUACGGAGAUACUUUUUGCCAUCACUAUUUUCAGACAAGAAUUUUCGGUUACAUUUCUUGCCAUGGUCACUGCUUUACUUCUGAUUAAGUCCUUGCAUUGGUUGGCCCAAAAGAGGGUCGAAUAUAUUGAGACAACACCAACUGUCCCUAAGCUCUCUCAUAUCCGCAUCACAUCUUUUAUGGGAUUCCUACUUCUUAUAGACAGUAUUUUUCUCUAUGAUUCUAUCAAGUAUUUGAUAGAAACAAGACAGGCUUCGGUUGCACUUUUCUUUUCAUUUGAGUAUAUUAUACUGGCCAUUACAACUGUGUCAACCUUUGUGAAAUAUAUAUUCCAUGUUAGUGACAUGCUCAUGGAAGGACAGUGGGAAAAGAAGGCUGUUUACACGUUUUACCUUGAGCUGAUCCGUGACUUGAUCCACUUGGCAUUGUGCAUGUGUUUUUUCCUCGUCAUUUUCUUGAACUAUGGUGUGCCUCUUCACUUGAUCAGGGAGCUAUACGAGACAUUCCGAAAUUUUAAGAUCCGCGUGGCUGAUUAUAUACGUUACCGCAAGAUCGCAUCAAACAUGAACGACCGAUUUCUUGAUGCUAGUCCUGAAGAGCUCAAUGCAACUGAUGCUACAUGCAUUAUAUGUCGUGAGGAGAUGACUGUUGCCAAGAAACUAAUUUGUGGGCACCUUUUCCACGUGCAUUGCCUGAGGUCUUGGUUAGAGAGGCAAAACACGUGUCCCACAUGCAGGGCACUUGUUAUACCGCCUGAGAAUGGGACUUCUCAAACUACUCCUGCAAGGAGUAAUAGUCAUCAACAAGGAACUAGCUCAACUGAUGCGUCUUCUGUAGGAUCAAAUGUCAAUGGUGUGGCAAACAAUAAUGUCAGCCAGCAUGAGGCUCGGCUCAAAGCCGCUGCCUCAGCCGCCGCAUUAUAUGGGAAGUCUUUUGUUUAUCCUUCUCCAAAUGCUCUAAUGUGGUCGCCUGGACAUUUCUUACCUCAUCAAGCUAUUGUUCAAGGGCAAUUUGGGGAAGGAAGUGCAUCAGAUUCUCAACUGGAUUUACAAACUAAAAUAAUUAAGCAUCAGAUUGAGCUUCUGCAAAACCAGCUCCAGAUUUUACAGACCUCGAACGAGAAGAAACCUGCAAACAUGGUGGAUUCCUCAGAUAUCAAGGGGAAGUCGAUAUCAUCUCCCUCGUCAUCUUUAGUCGACUCGAGUGAGAUUUAG